CUCUUAGAUAGCUGUAGUAUUGAAAAGUUCGUCCGUAUCCCUCCCACGUAUUUCCUAGACAUCGUGCUCGACGGUGUCUCUGUAGCUAUCUGACGGACCUCACUAAAGCAAGUCUUGCUUUCUCGAGAUAUUUACGUAUCCCUUUGAUCAACAUCCCCGACGAGCGACCGUUAUGUCUGCAUCCUGCGAUAUCGAGUCGCUGGUUAACCAGGGCGAAUUCCACAGCCGUGUCCCGCCUGCAGAACCCCUCACCACCUCCGGUCACAAGCCUGGCGUCCAGGUCGGCAACGACAGGGUACCCGAGUUCCACGCGCAGACGUAUCCGCCGGGCACCGCCCCUCCCAAGGACACAUAUCAACCCCGACCAGACGGCGUGACCUCUGCCGUGGGAGGCCAGAAUGCAACCGACCCAACCGACUCCCUAGGCGGCACCACGUCACAGGCAGUCUACGCCGGCUUGGGAAAGCCCGUUCAAGGCCAGACGGGACGUGAACUGCACGGGGAUCUGCACGGCGACACCACCGGCAAGCGAAAGAAGGAGCGCUCCGGCCUCGAGGGCGUCGGGGCCAGCCUCGGCGAUACCGUGCGUCAGAAGGGAGCCGACUUGCCGGACGGCGUGGAGAAGGGGACCAGGGGAAAGGCGAGCGCCAGCUAUCCUUCCGCUACCGAACGCGUCCCCGCCAGUGCGGAGGAGGUGGCUGCCGAGCGCUAGGUCCCGGGGCGCGCCUAUGACUACGCACAGUCCGGGAAGCCUAAACAGGGAAUGAGGGCGAUGUAUGGAUGGGAAUUCGAGCUAUAGCUACGACUCAACCAAAAUUGACACGGGAUUGUAAUCAGACUACGUCGCGGAUACUCCUUUGCAUGUGUAACGCCGUAAGGUCAGGCUCCUACCCGAUCCCAGUCCUGUCGUUGCCCGGGUACUUCUAGUAUGAGGUCGUGAGAAGUACUUCCUGUGACCGUCAAUCGGCAAUUUGUGUGUUGUGCUGUAGGUAGGUAUGUCAGGUUAGGUAGGUAAUCACACUCUCUGGCGGUCUCGUAUUAGUUGGUCAC